UUGAAGGGGAGGGGCUGCUCAGCCUAACCUAUGCACUAUUAGCUAACGAUCAUAUGGUAGCCUUGACCUCAUGAGGCUGACUCUCUGUUAUGAUGGUGAUACUCAUGGCUACAGUGCUGUACAGAGGAUUGAUGUUGUGUCCAGUGGAGGGAGCUGAAAUCUAAAUCAAGAACUUAGGGAUCAAGAUAUAUAUAUAAUUAUAUCAAUACAUAAACAAGAAUGAAUAAUACAGUAGGAGAUGUAUACACUGAGGAAUUGGCCGAGCUGUUCCAACAACAAGGUCAGCUGCUGUACGAUGGUCAACACAGCCUCUGUCUCAAUACACCGUGUCUGCACUUUCUACAGAAGAGGUUUUCAGCCAUUCAAGAAAGAUCGACAGACCCAGUCCCGGCCAAGUUUGCAGUGUUACAUUGUCUCCAAGGCUGCCUGGCUAAAGUGGUCUCUCUGAAACUGAUCACAGACAAACAGAUGACUCUAGCGUCCACAGCUACCCUCAACCUGGAGCCAUUCAGAGCACUGCACACAUUAGUGUUGAAGAAGGUGUCUUUGGUGAAUGUGACUGGUCUACAGAGACUACGCAGUCAACUGAGGGUACUCGUCAUACAGCGUUGCCAUGUCAACAACAUUGAUGAUGUUAUUGUCAGGUGUGGAGGUGAUGACUCUACUUCAUUUGUGUGGGACAGCCUGAAUUGGACCUCUCCAGUAACCACAUAAGCCAGCUAGGGGACUCGUUGCAAUACCUCCCCGGUAUGGAGAAAGUGAACUUCAGUAACAAUUAUAUCAGCUCUGAGGGUUGGGAAAGCGCCUCACUGGCCGAGGGUCAAAGUUCAACUAUCGGAGGGCAGGGUCCGUCUAACGACAGUGUUGUCAAUGCUACCAUCACCAACUCAUACGAAGGGAUCGUGUGCCUGGAGAAGGUGACGUUUCUUCAUCUUGGGUUCAACAAGUUGAGAGUAGUCCCACGGUUUGCCAGUAAGGCCAAGUACACACUCACUGUGCUCAACCUCAGGAACAACCAACUGGACACUAUUGAAGAUCCCUCCUAGCCUGGUCUGACGUCAGUGACCCCCUCAUGCAUGCAGUGUUGUUGUAAUACUGCACAAUCUGUCAUUAACACAAACACAUUCAUUAAUACAUGCACACUGCACUCUAGCUAGUCCACCUGAUCUAGCUCCUCAUUAUGUUCCUUCAAUUGUGUGUGUUCUAGUCUCAGCUCUUCCAACUCUCCUCUCAAUGCAUCCAUUUCUGUCCUCAAGUUUCAAUUUCAGUUUUCAUAGCUUCAUUCUCCAUUCUUAAACUGCUCUGUACUGUAGCCCCCGUCUUCAUCAUUAAGACCAAGUGUUGCUGCAUGCUCUGCUCAUUAUGUGUCUCCAAAUCUUUCCGUAGCCUUACAGCCUAACUCAUAAAAUGUGCAUUGUAUGGGCUCCAUUUUACAUACUAGUUUGUGACUGUCUAGCGUACUUCUUGUGAUAUUGUCUUCUAAACAUCCCCUUGGGCAAUUUAUCGGGACAUGUAGGCACUCCUCUAAUUGUACUCAAAAUGACCACGUUUACCGCAAUACUCACAAUAUACUUGUCUCUUUGUGCAUUCUUUGUCUAGAUGAUUUUGAAGGUCCUUACGCAUUAUCCUCUCUUGUUGGCAAUCAUUAGAGCACUCCACAGGCAGGUGGGUACAUAUGCAUAAGUCACCCCUUUCAAUGUCGAUCCUAUGUCAGCCAACUCUUCAUUUUUGUACCUCUUUCAUUUACUUAGCAACAUGCACAGAGCUUCCGCAAGGCGCCUGCGUAUAAUAUACGUAUGCCCUUAGUUAGCUUUGAAUAAAACCAAGUCUACUUGUAGUACAAUUAAGAACACUAAAACACUUUGUGUUUGGGGUAUACACACAUUAUAGACGGCUUUCGUCUACAGUUGCUAGGUUGUCUCUGCUCUAAGAAAUGUCAGUGAUCUUAAUGUUCGCAUAGAAAUCGUUUGAAACUCGAAAAGGUAACGUAGUACCCACCAUGAAUCUAAAUUCUCUUCCGGAGUUACAUUGCUUGGUUGCUGUACAUGUGAGGUCACUUAGAGAACGUGAGAAUGAUUGUCCUGUUGUAGACUGCACUUCAAUAGACAGAGUCUCGGGGUAACCAUGGAUAUCACUUUCCUCCAACACCAACAAUAACCGAUUCUUACCAAAUACAAGGUAGGUUCUGAAUCCCGGGUAUAUGCAUAGUGCUGGUGAACUGGCUUGAAGAAUAUCAUAAUAUUCCUCUAAUUCUGGCUCCCUAAAUAUUCCCAGUUUGUUGCUCAUGUGUACACAGUGAGCCUUAAUGCCAUCAGGUUGAAUCAUUGUGGUUAGGGAGGUUAGUAUUGUUCUAAUACCACUAAUGGGUGUCUCAUCGUUUGGGGAAAUAUGUAUUGAACUAAGCUCUGUCGAUACAACUGAUAGAAGAUUGUCAAAAUCUCGUUUUAGUUCAUCGUGUUUUCUUGUUAGCUCGUUUUUCUCCCUCUUGUUAGUUGUCAUAGCAAGUCUAAGAUGGCUUUGCAUGCUAGAUGCUUCAUGAUCUUCGGUAUCUAUUCGAGGCAGCCUCACUUCACAACCAGCCUCUUUGAAAGGACAAUCUACAAUCUCAAGUAGACACUCGUUUCUGUGCUUUCUGAUAUCUUUUCUCUUUAUGUUCUUGUCGCAUUUGUUAGGGCAUUCUAAGAUGACGUUAGGGCAAGUACGCUUGUGCCUUCCAACUAUUACCGAAUGCUUACCCUCUUUGUUACAAAGCUUACAGUGCACUAUUCGAUUAGGACACUCUUGUUUGCAAUGUUGUUUGAGGUCAUUUUUUAGCAAUCCGCGCGUACCACAAUCAUUGGUGCAUUUGACAACUCCAAACGAGCACUCGUCCACGUGCUUCUGAAAAUCUUCAUGUUUGAUAACAGCUUUACACCCGUUUUUACGAUUCAUACAAUACACUCUCAGCUCUUUGAUCUCUCUGAUUAUCGGCUGGGAAACUAUCUUAUUGAAGUUUUUUGCUCGACAGUGAGGGACAUCCGUGUGAGCUUGUGUCAGCAGAGUGGGACUGAGCGGCAGAGGUAGAUGUCAGCAAGUAUGUGUGUGAGAGAAGAUACCCAGCAAGGAACAGAAGCACGCAGCAAUGGCCUGUCCCAAGUGUACUAUCAGGAUCUGCCAUGAACAUUCUGAACAUCAAUAUACUCUAUAAUCAUAGUAGCUAUAAUUAAUUUUGUGUAAACGUGCGCUUGCGUGAAUUGUUGUAUGCAUGUUUAUGAGUUGUGAAGUGCGUUUUAAAUAUAAUUAUCAUGAUCACUAAA